GUCAAAAGCAAAGCAUCAAGUUGAACACACUUGUUUAAUACAUCAUUUUAAUCAAUAAUCCAACAUAAACACAUAAUGGUUUGCAAGGCUUGUGGAACCAAUUGCCAGUGUUCGGCUACCAAAUGCGGCGACAACUGCGCCUGCAGUCAGCAAUGCCAGUGCGCAUGCAAGAAUGGCCCUAAGGACAAAUGCUGUGCCAACAAAAAUUGACCUAAAUUAUAAAAUCUAUUGGUAUUAAUAAAUGAACAUUUGAAUAUAAAUGAAAUUGCAAGUUAAAUAAAAACUUACCAUCUUAAAUAUACCAUA